AUGGUCAAAGUGAUUAUCGACCUGACUUUAUUGAGACACCUGAGAGCUUUCUCCGACUACCAGGCUCAUUUCAAAGCUUUCGAGGCAGUUGCGCCUUGCCUCAGUGACUCACCGCACAUGUGUUCGAAUGUGGCGUCUCGCUACGAGUGUAUUGAACUUCUCGCGAUGACUCAAACGGCGGAUCGAAGGAGAGGCAUCGGCUUCGUUAAGGAGGUACGGACAUUGUCCGCGAUAAGACCGCCGUUGAAUCCUUCAGAAAUGGACUUGGUAAGCGCACGUGAUCGUCUCCUCUUUCUCUGGUUGCGGUCGCGUCUUUCCCAGCAUCUCUCAUCAAACCGCACUCCUCCUCACCUUUCUUCUGCAUUGCCGAAACCGCGCCGAGUUUCCCUUUCUCUCCUCUCCACCUCUGCCAUCAACAACUCACACAACCACAGCAGCUGCCAGCAAGUGAGCCAGACAAUCAGAGCGAGCACCCACAAGUGCGCCAGAAUCGGCUCAUUUAAACACACAAAGAGGCGUUUAAACCUGGACAAGGAGGCAGAGCGCACGCACGCACGCGCGCACCCUACCCUAAACUUGAUGGACCCGCCGCUGAAGAGCCCCGCGUCGGCACAGAGGGAUACCUCGCCCAGCCCUCCAGUGCCGAACCGGAUCCGGCGCAAUACAGCCUGCACGAGCUGUCGCGACUCCAAGCAUGCCCCGUGCCCCUCCAACGCCUCUCCCGGUUCCCAUUCCCAUUGGAUCGCGGUUGACAUCCGGGACUCGGGAAGGACGGAUGGGGGGCCACCUCGUCAGGUCCCCUGGGGCUCAUCAUGCAAUGUCAGCAAACAUGCCGAUGAGACUUAUUCAGUUCCUUCGGCGUUUUUGCAUGUCAAGUGCAAUGCGAGCUACACGCCCAACAAGCCGUCGGAUGACCAGACGAAGGUGGCUUCCAUUCUCCUCUCUUCUCCUUUCCCCCCUGCUCCAAAGGCGCCCGUCUUUCUAUUCCCAGUGCCCUAUGUUAUUGUCAAACUAGAACAACUCGAAAAAGAAGUCCAAACAAUCAAGAAUGCCGUCAACCCGAGCCCCGUCUCCGCCACUGGCAUCCUGCCUCCGGCCGCCUUGCCGCUGCCGCUGCCGAGCCCGAGCACUGCCUACCCCGGAGCCGCCAGUGCCUUUUCGGACCACCGGCCGCCCCCCUCCGCAUCAAGGGUGAGCCUGCCGGCCUUGUCUCCCGUUCAGCAGGCCCGCCAACCGGAGCAGGUCCCAACGCCAACCCUCACAUCGCAUACGACACCUACGGGUCCCGCGAGGCAGCCCGCCCAGCCAAGGGCUUUGGGGUCCAAGGUACUGUCUGGGGAGGAUAUCGAUUUUUACUUUGACCACUACUUUGAGCACUUCCACCCUUAUUUCCCCAUCGUCCGCUCUCAGGACCCAGACAAGCUCUACAAACAGAGCCCCAUUCUCUUCUGGACCCUCAUCGCCAUCUCCUCACGGCGGUACACCCGCGACGCCGGCCUCUUCCCUUUUCUCAUCGAGAACCUGCCCCGCGAGGUCUGGGCCGCCGUUUCGAGCCCGCCCAUCAGCAUGUCUACUGUUGACGCCCUGCUCGUCCUCUGCACAUGGCCCUUACCCUCCAUCCGCUUCCUCAACGACCCGUCGUCCUCGUACGUCGCCAUCGCGCAGAAUGCCGCGCUGCUGUUGGGUUUGCAUACGGGCCGUGGCACACAUCCCGAAUUUUGUAUAGGACCGAACCGGCAGACUGAUAUCACCGACGAGGAGGCCUGUUUUACGUGGAUGGGGUAUAAUAUCCAGGCUCAGAGAGUCGCCUCAAGUAAUGGUUUCCCGCCCCCGGCCGGCUUCUUCAAUGAAGCCGUCAACAGGGCCGCCGGUGGGAGAUCCCUCCCUGAUGCUCUGGGGUACUUUGGCCUCCUUUACGAGAUGCAAAAGUUUUCCAACAGACUGAGCCGGACCGUCUUCUCCGUCGCCGAAGAAGGCGAAGGCGUGCCGGACACCGUCAUUCAGCUUUUGGAAGAUGAGCUGAACAAGCUAAAGCAGCUACAGGCUCGUCACAACUCUGACCUCGACCUCUUUACCAUCCUAGCAGUCCAAUUCGAGCUCCAAUCCUACUACUUCAUCCCCCUCUCCACCGUGGACAAACCCACUUUCCGCCACAACGUAAACCGCGCCUACAGCACAGCCCAAGCCCUCAUCAACCUCUCCUUACGACUCGAGUCCUCGCACCGAUUCCUCCUACACGCCCCGCAACACGUCUUCCGCACCAUCCUCGACGCCGCCGCCGUGAUAUUCGACGUCCUCGUCUCGGGCCACGCCACAGACGUCGAGCUCGCCAACGCCGACGUCUCGGUCAAGAACGCGCAAGAAGCCCUGCGGCGGUGUUCCGUGCAGGAAGGCGAUUUCGCCAUGCGCGUGCUGCGCAUGUCGGAGAGUUAUUGGAGUCUGAGGCACAUGAUGCCCAAGCUGGAGGCGCCCAUCUCGCAGUAUCCGCACCGUACGGGUGCUGUCAUCGCGUUUGGGACGCUGAGACGGUGGAAGAAAGAGCUUGAUCAGGCGAGGGUUGGGCAGGGCGGUUCUGGUGUCGGGGUCGGUGGUGCCGGUGGUGUUGCUGGAGGAGGUGGUGUUGGACAGGGAACCGGGGUGGGGGGCACGGCGUCGACGCCGGCGGCGACGGAUUCGAACGCGAACCUUGUGCCGGCGAGUGACCCGCUGCAGGAUAUCGACUGGUCGAUGCUCAUGGACGAUUUUGACUGGACGGCUGGGGGUGGGGGAGAGCCGAAUUUCCUUGGUCUUUCAUACAAGCCGGAGCAUUUUGGUGGCUGGAUUUUUAUGCAUCAUUUUGGGACACUGAGCAAUACUUAA